UCCCACGGCCAGGCGGGCCUUGCCCAUGGUGGAUUAGCAGCUCCUGUUUGCGGGGCUGGCGGGCGAAGAGAACAGCUACGUUCUCCGGACAAGUAAUGAAAACGGCUGAAAUGGACCAGCGGAGACCUGGCGCCUUGGACUGACGCAGCCCCGGCGGGCCCUGGCUGCAGCCGUGACCCCGCGUUUGAGCCGAGCAGAUGCGGCCGGUCUCCCCUGGGGCUCCGACUCGACAAGGGGCCGGAGCAGCGGCAGACACUCGGCUUCUUGCCCGGCGCGCCCUGCCGUGGCACGGGAUGAGGGGCUGCAGCAAGUCCGUGUGCGACCCCUGGCUGGGAUGGGAGGGCAGGGGGUCCGGGGUCCUGGCUGCUGCACGUGGUACCUCACCAGGUGCGUCUUGCCUCCAGGUGGCUGAGGAGGAAGAGGUGGCCAAGAAACCAGAGAAGCUGAACUUUACAGUCAAGCUGGUGAGCCUAAAAGCGGAGGACAAGGUGAAGCUGAUCAAGGAGGUGAAGAACCACAAGGAGGGGCUGAACCUCGUCCAGGCCAAGAAGCUGGUUGAGUCCCUUCCGCAGGAAAUCAAAGCCAACGUCUCCAAGGCCGAGGCAGAGAAGAUCAAAGCGGCACUGGAGGCAGUGGGAGGCACCGUGGUUCUGGAGUAGAUGGGCAUCCUUGUUGCAAGGGACUAGCACCAGGGGAUUUCUUCCUGCACUCGCCUGACGCCUGCCCCCUGACCGCACCAGGGCCUGUACAUUUCCGGGGGCAAGGACUGCCCCGUGGCUCGACAAGGGGUUGCUCUCAGGCCGGGCCUUCCUGAGAUGGAUGCGUGCAGCAUGGGGAGGGAGCUGUCAUCUGUAUGAGCACCACCAUGAACUCUGGUUUAUAAAGUAUAAAUGGGGAAACUA